GAGUCCCACGAGAUCGCAGGAAUCGCAACCUUCUGAUACGCGCACGCAACCACUUUCUGUCUGUGCUUCCAAAGCCGUAAGCUGCUUGAAGUGCAUUGUCGUCUGCGGACCAGAUGCCACAAUGCCUUGCUCAGCAUCCCCCCGUCUUGACGUCAUUUGUCCCCAGUAAGAGGUAAGAGAUGGGAGUCUGCUAGAGCCCACUCACAUCUUAUUACUGGUACGAAUACUGCGACAGUUCGAACACUCAACAGCACACACGGUCUGGGCUUAUCGAGCAAGAUUACCUAAUGAAUACAGUCCCGCUCUGAACCUCGGAUAGCCGAAAUCGAGCUCUUGUGAGCUACUGCAAGAUGCACCCAAGGCGCCGGACACCAGCUCUUUUCAUCCUCUCGUUAAGCUUAAAUGGAAGUAAACCAUCUGAAAGAACGAUCAUCUUUUGCAGACGAGGCCGGACCUGGGAUGUUGGACAAUGGGAGAGUGAGCCUGCUGUGACUUUGGCCCUUGGCGUUUUCUUACCACCCGUGGGGAAGCGAAUGAAUGCAACACCUGGAAAGCCAUGGAAUGAUAGCUCUGUUGAUCUAAACGACUGACGAAAGAAGCAGCAACGGUCAUAAAAAAAGGAGUGUAGGUAGGAAGUACAUCAUUAAAGGCGGAUGAUGCAGCAAGCAAUGAUUACAGGGAGAUUCCAACGCACAAUGCAGCGUCUCCGGCGCCCGACGGCAUUGCACUCCUCGCCCCACCUCCCCAGGCCGGAGGGUCCAGACGGCCCAGCUCUGGCCGCGGUCGCUUCAGUGACCGGGGGGUUCUGCCCAUUGAACGUGGAACGAUUUCGGAAUUUACUUUACAGCUGGCCUGACUGGCUCGAACGACGUUCCGGUCAGUCCAUGAUUGUUACCCAGUGGUCUUAUGCUUCUCACUUGAGAAAGAAUCAUCCGAUUUUUCUGUCACCACCCAAGUCACUCCUUUCCCCCUUCAUUAUACCGUUAUAGUUUUUAUUUAUAUUGAUCGCCCAUCAUGGCUUCUACACGGCACGCGCAAAGAUUGCUUGCACAGCUUAGCAGCUCCCGUACCACAUUCGCCUUCGCCAACCAACAGCAGCUUCAAUUAGGCCGCAGACUCGUCUCAUCCUCCGCAAAGUCCCAGUUCAAGGGUCAAUCAUCCGGCGCAUCAUUCAACCGCUUUCUUAUUGGAGCAAUUGGCCUUGCCGCUGCAGCGCCCUUCGCCUACAAGAUGGCCGUCCAGGAGCCCUUUCAACUCGAUCCGCCGACUUUGGCCGAGCGCGAUGCCUUGACCAAGCGGGAGGCCGACAUCACCGUCGACUCGCCCAUGCGCCUGCGCAUGGAGAAGUUCAUCAAGGAGCAGCAGCAGAUUAUCGUCAAAGAGCUCGAGAAGGUCGACGGGGGAAAGUUCCGCAAGGACGAAUGGAGUCGCAAGGAGGGCGGCGGCGGCAUCACCUGCGUGCUCCAGGACGGCAAUGUCUUCGAGAAGGGUGGUGUCGGCGUGUCCGUCGUAUACGGCACCCUCCCCAAGCCCGCCAUCGCCAAGAUGCGCGUGAACCACAAGAACCUUGACGAUAACGUCGACUCACUGCCCUUCUUCGCCGCCGGCCUCAGCAUGGUCCUGCACCCCAAAAACCCCAUGGCCCCAACCGUCCACCUAAACUAUCGCUACUUCGAGACAUCGAACCCCGACGGCACCGCCCAGGCCUGGUGGUUCGGCGGCGGCAGCGACCUGACUCCCUCCUACCUUUUUGACGAGGACGCCGUGCACUUCCACAAGACGCUCAAGGAGACGUGCGAUGCACAUGACAAGAGCUACUACCCGCGCUUCAAGAAGUGGUGCGACGAGUAUUUCUAUAACAAGCACCGUGGCGAGUGCCGCGGCAUCGGCGGCAUCUUCUUUGAUGACCUCGACGAAACCGAGAAGGACCGCGAAAACACCUUCGCCUUUAUCCAGGACUGCCUUAAGUCCUUCCUGCCGGGCUACAUUCCCAUUCUUGAGAAGCGCAAGGACAUGCCUUUCAAUGAGGCCGAGAAGGAGUGGCAGCAAAUCCGCCGCGGGAAGUAUGUUGAGUUCAACUUGGUCCACGAUCGUGGCACCGCCUUCGGCCUCAACACUCCCGGCUCGCGAGUCGAGAGCAUCCUGAUGAGCUUGCCUUUGACGGCAAGCUGGAAAUACAUGCACGAACCUGAGCCCAAGAGCCGUGAGCAGCGUCUCGUAGAUGUGCUCAAGGCGCCUAAGGAAUGGGUGUAAGGUAAAUAAAUAAAAUAAAAAUAAAAAGGCGGAAGAGGAGGGAAAUGGAGGUUGAAACAUUGGAUAUGGAGCAACGGAUUCAAGCGGACACUUUCUGUACUAUUAUGCCUUUUGUGGCGGACAUAUUGUGAUUAGACAAAAGCCUUCAGGCGGCAAAACUCAUAAAGAGACUUUUUUUUUCU